CGUGAACUUGCUGCCAGGCGGGCCUCCUCGCAUCAAGGUUUGCAUUUGCUCUCAGAGCUGAUAGCACAUUGGCAGCAUCGCUGCGCGCGAAGGAGGUCAGCGGGAGGCUGCGAGCGUACCCCAAUUAUAGCUGAGCAGGCAUCCGGCAAGAGAAACCCCAGCCGCCAGUCGUACGAGCUUGUCUAUUGGAGCCAGGGAGGCAGUGGCUGCAAAACCAUGCUCGUGCGCACCGCAUUGAUAGCUGCAGCCACCCAGGCCUUCACGGGGCCGCGGCUCACGCUACAACACAAGCGAACGCCGCGCCAUGCGCCCGUGAAGGCGAGCGCCGCGGACGUCUUCGAGGUCGCGACCGGGGCCUUCGACUGGACCUGCAACCUCGGCGCGCCGGCGGCCCUCGUGGCCGGCGCGGUCAUGGCCACGUCCCAGGAGUACAAGGACGACGAAUCGCUGGUCACGCGCGAAGCCGACCACAAGUGGGUCCGCCAGGCGAAGAAGAUGAUCAAAGUCCUAUUAGUGGGCAGUUUCGCCUGCGAGGUGCUUUGUGUAUUUGUCUCCACGGUGACAGGUACCAUGUUACUGAGUUCAGGCGAGGGCACGGCCCACGCCGUCAAAACGUUAGUAGGGCGAGAUACUGCUAUGGGGUUCUUGCAGGCGAACCACGAGUUCGAAUAUUUGACCUGUCGCCUGUCCUUCCUGAACGGGCUGCUGUCGUGGCUGGGGGCCGUAGCUCUCAAAUACGCGAUCCCGCAGCCGGAAGAAGGUGAAAGUACGCGGAAGAUGAACAGAUUCGCUGCCAGUCUGUUAACAUCGACGAUGGUGCUGAUGGUGUCCUUCUACAACGCUCAUUUGAAUUUUUAUCCAAAUUACAUCCAGAUGGUGUUGCGGUGGUGCAAAUUGGCGUGGCACGGCGUCGUCGGCGACCCCGUCGAGCCGCUCAUCUUCUGCGGCGCCUUCCCGUUCCUGGCGCUGACGACGUAUUUGGGGUGGAAGGCGUUCACGGCGAAGCCCGACGAGGGGUCGGAUUCCGGGCUAUCAUAUGGGUCCUAGUCGUAUAAGUGGCCGAAUUAG